AUGAAGGGUUUCCUUGGCACCGCAGUGUUGGCCGGUUGGACAACAACUGCUGGUGCUCUGCCGACCGUCACUGCGUAUGGCAACAAAUUCUUCACGAGCGAGGGCAAACAGUUCAUCAUGAAAGGCAUUGCUUAUCAACUAGUCGAGGAUGACCCCUUGGUUGAUACAGAACAGUGUCGCAGGGACGCGCAGCUGAUGGCAACCCUUGGUGCCAACGUAAUCCGCGUUUAUCAUGUUGACCCUCUCGCGGACCACGCUAGUUGCAUGGCUGAGUUUGCCAACGUAGGCAUUUACACCCUGAUCGACCUGGACACUUUUAGUACUUACAUUCUGCCUAAUGAACUCCGCUGGACCCAGACGAUGCACGAUGCAUACGCCGCAGUCAUGGAUGCCUUCUCGAGCUUUGACAACUCUCUAGGCUUCUUCGUCGGCAACGAAAUCAUCUCCACUAGCGGCCAUUCGCAGGCCGCACCGUUCAUCAAGGCUGCUGCCAGGGACAUGAAGACAUAUCGUGACUCGAAAGGAUAUCGCAAGUUCCCUGUAGGCUAUUCUGCAGCCGACAUCGCGGAGCUGAGGCCUAUGCUACAGAACUAUCUCACAUGCGGCGGCGACGAGUCGCAAAACGUUGAUUUUUUUGCUCUCAACUCAUACUCCUGGUGUGAUGUUGCCAACUACAACACGUCGGGGUACGUUGCUUUGCAGGAGCAGGCCAAGAACUUCCCCGUGCCCAUAUUUUUUUCCGAGACUGGAUGCAAUGUCCCAGGUCCACGCCUCUUUGAAGAUCAGGCAGCAAUUUUCGGCCCAGACAUGAUCAAUGACUGGAGCGGCUCUUUGAUAUAUGAAUGGAUCGAGGAAGCAAAUCACUACGGCCUCAUCAGCUACGGUCCGCGCGCGGACCCAAUGAUAGUCAACGAAAGUGUCAAAGGUGGCUUUGUGCGCAAGGGUCAGCCGACCCCAGUCGCACCCGACUUUGAGAACCUGAAAGCACAAUGGGCCAAGGUGACGGCCGCGGGCAUUAUGAGAGCGGACUAUACGCCUACAGCGAUCUCGACGAGGGAGUGCCCGACUGCGACGCCGGGUGGCUGGCUUGUCGACGGAAACGUUGCGCUGCCUGCAGUCGGGGAUACCUUUACUGGCGGUUUCCAGCCUGCACCGAGGACCAUGCCCACUAGCUCCGGGUCUGGCACCCGUGCCGAGGCGCCGGCGCCAUCUGGCUCUAAGGACGCGGAAGGCUCGGCAAGUUCUGAACGCGAAAUCACAGGCAUGGGAUACGCUCUUGUGGCAGUUAUGCUUGCUUUUGUCAUAUUCGCUUAA